UGAUGUGUGGGCAGCGUGCACUCCGUCGCGUCACUCCAACAUGGCGGCGCCCCAUGCUGCUGUCGGAGUGGAGGGGCAGAGCGGGGAAAGCCAACAAAUUCUGCCAGAUUCCUCUGCCGGAGAGGCGAAACGACCUCAGUUCGGGACGCGGUUCCUCACAGACCCGCGUCAGGUCUUCCAACACAACGCAUGGGACAAUGUGGAGUGGACAGAGGAACAAGAGGCAGCUGCAAAGAAGAAGGUCCUAGAAAACAGUCAGCCACUGCCUCCAGAGAAACAAGAAGAAUACGACAGCCGGGCAAAUGAGUACUGGAAUGAUUUCUACACAAUCCACGAGAAUCGUUUUUUCAAAGACCGUCACUGGCUCUUCACGGAGUUCCCAGAGCUGGCACCGCAGGGCUGCCUCAAUCACAAAUCCCAUCCCGAUGGCUGUGGCACAGACGACAGUCAGCGGGACAGUCUGGAUCAGGGACAAAGCGAGGAGGUCACCUGUCUGCCUCACACCGACGGUGACUUCCCCGGCUCUUCUGCCACAUACCGCAUCCUGGAGGUUGGCUGUGGUGUGGGCAACACCGUUUUCCCUAUUCUGAAGACCAACAAUGACCCGAGACUCUUUGUUUACUGCUGCGAUUUUUCCAGCACGGCCGUGGAGUUAGUCAAGAUUAAUCCCGAGUAUGACCCUGGGCGCUGCUUUGCCUUUGUUCAUGACUUGAGUGAUGUUGAAGCCAAUUACCCCGUCCCCGAUGGAACUCUUGAUGUUAUAGUGCUAAUCUUCGUGCUAUCAGCUUUGCAUCCUGACAAAAUGCAGGCGUCCAUCAGCAGAUUAGCUCGGCUGCUGAAGCCUGGGGGAGUGAUGCUGCUCAGGGACUAUGGCCGCUAUGACAUGGCACAGCUCCGCUUCAAGAAAGGACGGUGUCUGUCGGAAAACUUUUAUGUCCGGGGUGAUGGGACGCGGGUGUUUUUCUUUACUCAAGAUGAGCUCCAUGAGAUGUUCUCUGCAGCGGGGCUUGAGAAAGUGCAGAACCUUGUGGACAGGAGGCUGCAGGUUAACCGAGGCAAGCAGCUGACGAUGUACCGGGUGUGGAUCCAGUGCAAGUACAGCAAGGCUCCAACGCAGCCCGCUGAGACGCAGGGCUGAGCUAGAGGACUGAGCCCGGCCGGCUUGGGCUUCAAACGCCACUGAAAAACAGGAGCAUCUCUCUUACGUGAUGCUGUCUGUUUGUUUUUUUUUCACCUGAGUAUAUAUGGCAUUGUGAUGGUGAUAAAGGAGAUAAGACUGUAUGUUGUAAAGGCCUUGCAGUGUAUCAGCUGCUCUGAUGUCGAUGGACUUGGCCAGCAUCCUGACGGUGCGGUCUGAAACACACACCCCGAGUUCAAAAAGUGAAAAUGGUCGUUUUCAUCCAACGAGUUCACUGAUGAGGAAAAGGGCUGAUGACACUCUUGUAUAAAUGUUUCUAUUAAGCCACUUGAUAUUUAUAAUGAUGCAGCGUUUUUAAAUAAAACAAUGAAUCGCAUGAUUUUCAAGAAGCCUUCAUAAACCUUGCUUACCUUCAAAAUGAAUAAAACCAAAAACUGUAAACCUUU